AUGACAACACCAGUCACCGAAUUGAUGGACAUGCGCGAAUCCAUCAAAACACGGCUUAGAAACAUCCACGGACUUUUCUUCUUCGACAAGGUGCCAAUGACCGGCCGCAACAAGCGCGACGACGAUAUAAUCGAUGCCCUGCAUGCCCAUGCCCCGUCCGGUCCUGUGGCAGCAGAGAGCAGUCUGGCCCAUCUGAUGCUUGCAAGCAACUGCUCGUGGGCCACACUUACUACAAAAGGACCGGAUGAAUACUGGAAGGGCGUUGGCCGCGUCAAAGGAGGCCAGAUUCCGCUCAGUAUCACCAGAGAUCUAAUUCUUGCGUUUGUCCGGGCCAGAGACCGAUAUCUUCACUGCUUCCCGCACAAAGCACCUCGUGAUGUCAACAGCUUACUAGUCGCUUACACACAACACCUGCUAGAAAGGUUUCAGGCUUUGGGAGCGACGAUGAUUCUAGGCUCACCUGUCAAUUGGUGCCUCUCUGCGGAGGACAUUGAGGUAGCGGAAUCGCUGGCUCCACGAGGACCGGCCAAGCAGCUGUCACGAAACAAGUUCGAGCUGUCAUCAUCUGCCAGAAAUUUGCUCGUGCCGGCCAGAUGUCUUAGCCCGAUUGGGAAGUUCAAGAACGACUUGAUGGGGCUCGCGCAGGAGAUAAUACAGCAGCCGCCUUGGCAGCGAGAGCUCACGCCGCAGUAG